AUGCCAAUAAAUCUUCUCAAAAUGCCGGAUGUAGUUGGCGUCGGGGUUGUGACUGAAUUGGAUUACCAGGGAAUAUUCCUACUUAGUGUAUGCUCCCGUCGCAGCAAUUGCUUAGUGAAAAAAGCAAGGAUCACAGUUCCAAAGUUAAAAUUUUGUUUUGAAAAAUGUGAUGCGUAUGAUUCAUUUGUGAUUGGAGUUAAGAUUGAUAUGAUGAAAUGGUAUUAUAUAACAUCAGUAAAACAUGUUCCCAAAUUGGACUUGGAAGGAGUUGCAAAUGCAAAUACUGUACUUGAUAACGAAGCAAGUUCAAAUAUCGAGUUCGGUUUCCAAACAAAUGAAAGGUUUCGGUACCGAAUAGAACGAGACAGCGAACCAAUGGAAGUUCAGAAAGAGUAUCAAGAUUACAUCAAUUCAAUAUUCCACUACUCCGGUAAUUACGAAUUGUGCCUAUCGAUGGAAUGUGAAGGACCACUGCCAAACAUUACAAAUGUGAAAGAAAUAGAGAUAGUGCACGAAACAGUAGAUAAUCAAUUUUUAACAAAUGCUUUGACGAAAUAUCCCGAUACUGAAUCCCUAUAUGUCGGAUCGAGAAUUGUUGGAGAACUCCCAGAAGAUUCUCCAUUGUUGCAAGUUCAAAAUAUUUAUGCAUGUCGAUGUGGACCAGAUUACUUUCAAGUAAAUCUUAUUCAAAACUUCGUUGGACGAAACUUGUAUUUGGAGUCGGUUACCGUAACUGAACAAGAUCUCAUUCAGUUUAUUCAAAAAUGGAUUUCAAACGAAGCUUAUCACAAUUUGGAGGCUUUAGUAAUUUUUGUAGAUAACCCAUCUUCAAUAAAUGCCGAUGUGAUACGUCAGGCAAUAGAAUUUGAAGAAUACGAUAGGAAUGAGCCAGAAAAGCGGCCAGAGUAUUUCUUGUUUGAUGCACCGUUCAUUAAUCGCGGUGAAGUGGAGCAUUAUUCUCUCAGGGACAAGGAUUAUGUCGAAAUAAACCGAACUACAGACGGGAAAAGAGCGUUCCUCUGUUGCGAUCCUGGCCAUUUGGAAUUCUUUGUUCCCAAAAUCUAA